AUGAAACACGCUUCAGUUACUAACGCGUACGCAGCCAUUGCAGUUAUGAAGCUGACGCAGGUGCUGUCGCAAGCGCACGCGACAGCUGGUUACAAUCGCAACAAGUUCCUCGUUUUCGCGCUGCUGUCACCGUCCCCCGGUUUUCGGGACUCUGGAUAUGACGACGCCGCGACGUGGAUCUGCGCAGCAGCAGCGGCGGGGAAGGGCGCGGAGGGGAAAGCGCAUGGGGGAGGAAGGGGUGGCGCGCUUGGGACGGGACAGGGGGGGACAUCUGCGCUGCGCCUCUCCAAUGCUACAGGACCGCUCUUUCAAGCGAGGGUUCGGCAUGCAGGUGAGUGUGUUGAGGCCGGGGAUGGGGCCAGGAAAGGGGGAAGGAGGGAAGGGGGACAGCUGGGCUGGGGGAGGUUGAAAAGCAGGGGCCAGGGAAAGACGCCUGCGCUGCGCCUCUCCAAUGCUACAGAUCGCACGCUCAAGCGAGGGUUGGCAUGCAGGCGAGGCUUUGUGUAUUUUCAGCGCAUACCGCCUCUCUGCAAGUCUCUUUGUGGUGAUGGCCUCUCUCCUCUGCCCUCUGCACCCGCAACCUCGAUGCUCGGUCCGUUCUAUUCCAUUCCUGCGUGCUUCCUCCCUCCUCUCCCUCUCCCAUUCCCCAUCUACCAACGCAGCCACAGCAUAGACCCUUUCUCCCUCCACACCCUCUCCCUUCCACCCUCCUCUCCCUUUCUCCCCCAAGCCGACCCCAGCCCUCCCUACCCCAGCAACAUCACCUACUACUCCUCACCCAUCUACGGCCAGUUCACCCUGAGAGUACUCGAGUGGGUGGUAUACCACCAGCAGGGCCACGGCCACUGUGUAGACCUGCUCUCUCUCCCCUCUUUUUGCCCUGCUCCCACCCAGCCCCCUACGCCAGCAACAUCACCUACUCCGUCAGCCCCCUACGCCAGCAACAUCACCUAUUGCUCCUCGCCAAUCUACGGCCAGUUCAACUCCCUCAGAGUGCUCGAGUGGGUGGUAUACCACCAGCAGGGCCACGGGGUGGACCUGUUCCACAUGUACAAUGCGGGCGGCAUGGGCGAGCCUAUAAUGCGGACGCUGGGUCCCUUUAUAAAGGAGGGGCAGAUGACUGUAACGGAUGUGACUGAAGUGGACGAAUUCGAGACGUGGUUCGGGCAGGUGAGAGGGAGUGGGGGCAGGCAAGAGGGGGUGCUAGUGGUGAACGACUGUGCCUACCGCUCACUCUUCACCUCCCGUUGGCAACUAUCCCAUCCCAACCCGCGGGGCACUCUUCCUGGGCUUUGA